GUAGACAAGAAAGUCAUCAGAAAAGGGUAAAUUUGGCUGGUUGCCAAAACGAGGCAAGGUUUCCAACUUCUCUCACAACCUCGGGAAUUUAGACAUGCUUGAUCCUCAGGACCAUAACGACUUUUUUGCCGAUGAAGACAGCGACCAUGAGGCUUCUGUGAACAGUCAGAAAAACUACACAUCUCACGAUUUGGAAAAGGAACUGAGAGACAUCUUGGGCGAUGAGUAUGAUGAUGGCGCCAACGCCGACGGUGACGAGGGUGAAACAGGUCAAAGUCAAGCAAGAAAACCACCUACUAACCUGGCGGAACAGAAAGAUGAAUUAAUGCGAUACAUUGCUCAGAAAGAGGCGCGGAUAUCAGCCCUUAAAGAGGAGCUUGCUGCUCAAGAGGAAGAGCUGACGUUACUGAAAGAUACAUGGACUCGAGUGAUGACACCAACCCGGUCGCCUGAUAGGAUGGAGCGAACGGGAUCCCCUUUGCCACUCUCACCCACCAAAGGAACCUCAUCACCGAAGGAGGAUUACCUAGCUCAAGCAUCCAAGGCCGCAUACGAGAACCUUAGCAAAAGUGUAUUCUCUAUAUUUAGUUCUACACAAAAAGCUUUGGAGAGUGAAAAUUUCCAACAAACCAAAAACAGAGCAAUGUCACUUAGCAAGGGAGCCAUGGAGAAUGUCCAGGUUCGAUUAAAGACAGUAACGGAAAGUGACAGUUUUCAAAGUCGCAAGCAGUCAGCGUUACAAGCAGUGGAGAGCAUGGUUUCAAAGACGGCAGAUGUCAUUGAUCGUCAAAUGUCGCUUCUGGAGAGCUCAUUGGAAGAUCCACAGGCAAGACGGCCAAACCGUAACAACACAGUUGGCAAUGCUGGCCCGCAAUCGCCGCAAAGUCCAUAAAUAUAUCUUUCGAAGUUUGAUACAUAAUCUCUCUUCGGAUUAAUCUUCUCCUCCAUAUACAUAAACUAUGAUACAAUACAAUGGCCUUAACUAU